UAACUUUCAACUCCCCUUUGUCAGCUUCAUUUUAAACUAGUACGAAACCUUAAAAGGAAAAUUCCCCAAAAAACAAAUACUGUGUUGUGUAAAGAGAAUGGAGGAGGAGGCAGAAAUUGAUCGGUUGCCGAUAGACUUGUUGGCUCAUAUACUGGUGAUGAUCACUUCUUUCACCGAUUUAGCCCAGGCAAGUGGGGUUUGUAGGAAAUGGAAACAAGGGGUGAAACAGGCUCUGGCUAGAAGACACACCCUGAGUUUUGCUGGUUGUAAAAUGGACGAUGAGUCCACUUCUCGUCUCGUUCGUCAUGCUUAUAGCCUCGAAGAACUCGACAUUUCAAGGAGUCGUUGGGGUUGCCAAAUAACUGACAAUGGACUAUACCAAAUCUCAUUAGCUAAGUGUGUUAGCAACUUGACAUCAGUUUCCCUUUGGGGUAUGACAGGGAUCACUGAUAAAGGUGUUGUUCAAUUGAUAACCAGAGCCAAUUCCUUGAAACACCUGAAUAUUGGUGGUACAUUUAUCACCGAUGAAUCCUUAUCCGCCAUUGCCCAUAGCUGUCCACAUUUAAAGAGCAUCGUGCUAUGGAGUUGCCGUCAUGUUACAGAAAGUGGGCUGUUUGUUCUUGUCAAUAAAUGUCGUAAACUAGGGUCGAUCAAUGUGUGGGGAACUAGAGUUUCCUUAGACUGUUUCAUUGGUUUGCUUACUAUCCGACCAGCUCUUCAAAUAAAACCACAAGGUUUGCCAUUAAACGUCGGAGCAGUCGCCACCAUGUUACCUGUUGUUUAAGGUGUUCAUCCUUCUGGGGAUUUCGAUUAUUGUCAUAUGAAUUUGUUGAUUCAAUAAAUUGAACAGAAGAAUCUCUCAAGAAA